AUGGUGCGCCGCUGGCGACGAGGGCGCCCGCCGCGAGGCGAGCCGAACCGAGCGCAGGGCCGGGCUCCGGGCUCCCGGCGCGCCGCCCCGCCCCGCCCCCGCCCGCGCCCGCCCGGGCCUCCGCCCGCCCGCCUGGAGGGCCGCCGCCGGCUCGCAGGGGGAGGGGGCCGGUCGGGCCGCAGGGGUUUCUGCGCGGCUGGGAAGGGGCGCCGAGGGUCGCGGGGGCUGGAGAAGCGCGUGGAGCGAGGCGGGGGCCGGAGGGUCACUGCCGCCCGGGCGUCUCGGGGCGCCUCGGCAUCUGCAGCCUUCUCGCCAUCCUCUCCGCGUCGGGGCCCCGCAGCCCCCGUUCGGGUGAAGCGAAACCGGCGGCAGCGGCGGCUUGGCCGCCGGGCAGGGAAGGUGGCGAAAGGGCCAGUCGAUGCAACUUGGUCGAGACGGAAGCGAAGGCGCCGGAGCCCCCGGAGCGGAGCGGGGCGCGGCUUGGCGCGGCGCUGCGGCUGGCGCUGCGGCGGGGCCCCGCGCUCGCACCUGAGCGCCUCGCCCUCGCGCUGA